CCGAACCGGAUCAAACCGAAUUAAACCGGGUCUCGUCUUCACACUCUCAUCUUUCUUACUGUUCUUCUUCGUCUUCUCUCAAACCGGUACGUCGGAGAAUCUCCUCCUCUGUUUAGCCUUCGUCGCCGUCGUUCUGUUCUUCGCGUCGCGGAACAUGGCGGUUAUCAACCGAACCGUAACCGCAAUCAAACAAAAACACAAGCCGGAACCGGUUCAAUGGUACAUCGGCGAUUCAAAUCAAGAACCAAGCAGUGGAGAUGUCUACGAAGGAGAGUUUAACGGAGGAAGAAGAUGCAACGGAAGUGGAGUUUACUACUAUUACGUUAACGGACGUUACGAAGGAGAUUGGGUUAACGGAAGAUACGACGGCUAUGGAAUCGAGUCUUGGUCUAAAGGAAGUAAGUUCAAAGGACAGUACAAGCAAGGACUUAGACAUGGUUACGGUGUUUACUGGUUUUACACCGGAGAUUCUUACUCCGGCGAAUGGUUCAACGGUCAAAGCCAUGGCUCAGGUGUUCAGACUUGUGCUGAUGGAAGCUCUUAUGUCGGAGAGUUUAAGUUCGGUGUCAAACAUGGACUUGGAUCUUACCAGUUCAGAAAUGGAGAUAGGUAUGCAGGAGAGUAUUAUGGAGACAAGAUCCAUGGUUUUGGUGUUUACCAUUUUGCUAAUGGUCAAUAUUACGAAGGAGCUUGGCAUGAAGGUCGCAAGCAAGGGUAUGGCACGUAUGGGUUUAGAACCGGAGGUGUAAAAUGCGGUGAUUGGGAUGAUGGUAAUCUCGUUAACCGGCUUCCUCUAGAAACCGGCCCGGUUUAUAAAGCGGUUCAGAGUGCUAGAGAGAUGGCGAGAAAAGGAGUGAAUCAGAGACGGGUCGAUGAGCAGGUGAUGCGAGCUGUAGCUGCGGCUAACAAAGCUGCAACGGCCGCGAGAGUUGCUGCUGUGAAAGCCGUUCAAAAUCAGAUGGAUGGUAAAUUUUGUGAAAAAUUAAAAUGACAAAAGUAAAGAUGACAUUAACAAAAGUAGAGUUAUUGUUUUCAGUCUUUUAUUGUAGCCAUGGUAAGCUUGAAAUUAUGAGAAGCUUUUUACUAUGUAUAUAAGUCAUGUUUUGUUCUUUU